GCUCUCCCUCUCAGUCUUUCCCCACGACUCCACCACUCAACCCCGAUCCGCCGCCCCCAACCCAAGCCGCCGAGCCACCUCGCCUCCCGCCCGCCGCCGCCGGCCCGCAAAGCAAUACCACGGUUAAUACCGUGCUGUUUAUCUGUGGAUUUUCCAGAGGUCGCGUGACCUGGCGGCGAGAAUCCUGAAGCCAACAUGCUGUUCUUCUCCUACUUCAAGGAGCUCGUGGGGAAGGAGGUGACGGUGGAGCUCAAGAACGACCUGGCCAUCCGCGGCACGCUCCACUCGGUCGAUCAGUACCUCAACAUCAAGCUCGAGAACACCCGGGUCGUCGACCAGGACAAGUAUCCUCACAUGCUCUCGGUGCGGAACUGCUUUAUCAGGGGAUCAGUGGUGCGGUACGUGCUGCUUCCGCAGGACGGGGUUGACAUCGACAUCCUCCAUGAUGCCACCAGGAGGGAGGCACGCGGAGGCUGAUACUUCAGUUUCUCUUACCCUUUGGGAGAAUCCUAAUAUGAUGUGUGGAACUGCAACAUGUAUUGCGUGGUAGAAUGACAUUGACAUGGCUUAACCCCCCUCUGGUACCAUUCUGUGGUGCGAAUUAUAUCCAUAGUUGCUUGUCAUGUUAUUAUCAUCAAGAGCAACAGCCCACUGUUUUUUUAUGGGAAUUUCAGUUGAUGUUAGAUCGAUCAAAACAGGGUCCAUGUCCGCCUUUUGAUUUGUACUGUUGCUCGUAAAAAUUAUCCAGUUCUUUUA